AUGCAGACAAUUGGAUGUGCCGUGGGCUUUCGCCUUCACCUUCACCCCGUCUCUGCGCGUUCUGCUGUGGUUUGCAUGUGCCGGGUAGUUGCCCGGCUUGUCAUUUACGGGUGUGGAGCAGCCUACCAAGUUUCCAGCUUGAAUGGCCUGACUGGGAUCGUAUUUUCAGGGGAGAGGUGCCUCAUGCCAAAGACAUCCUGGGGCGCUAUACUUGGCAGAGGUCCUUUCCGCAACAAAUAUCGUACAACAGCAGAUGACUGGCCGACUGGAUUGCGGAAGAAUGGAUCGUCCCCCGGAUCACCAGCGGGCCGCUCAUGGGCACGUCGUCUGCUAAUUAAACUAAAGGUUAGGCCACGGCUAGGCGGGCAGACCCGCGGUACCCGCCGAGCCCGCAACUUCAUGGUCAUCGAAGAAUAG